AUGGGUCAAUUACCAAGUGCCAGAGUAACGCCAUCAAGACCAUUCACCAGCACUGGUAUUGAUUUCUGUGGACCUGUGUACAUCCGACAAUCAAAAAACAAGCGAGCAUGCAAGGUAAAAACGUACAUAGCUGUAUUUGUCUGCAUGGCUAUUAAAGCAGUACAUCUUGAGCUUGUGAGUGACCUUAGUUCCAACGCAUUCACUGCAGCACUCAAGCGGUUCAUAUCAAGAAGAGGAAUGUGCAAACAAAUUUACUGUGAUAACGGAAAAAACUUUGUUGGAGCAUCCAGAAGCUUAACAGAACUUCAUGAAUGGGUAAUCAAAAACAAAGAAAAAAUUGCUCAAAUAUGUUUACCCGAUAGCAUUGAGUGGCAUUUCAUACCACCGAAUGCUCCACAUAUGGGUGGACUGUGGGAAGCUUGUGUGAAGUCAGUAAAAUACCACUUGCAUAGAGUUAUGGGAACUGAAUGCUUAACCUUUGAAGAAGUUGCCACCCUUCUUUCCCAGAUUGAAGCUUGUCUCAACUCAAGACCGAUAACUUCACAGUCCAAUGAUCCAAAUGAUGAACCUCUGACUCCUCUGACUCCUCGUCUGACCUCUGACUCCAGCACAUUUUUUGGUGGGUGA